AUGCAGUUGGUGGCGGUUUUCGGCGACUGUAAUAUUGUCUUUGAUCCCAAUACUACUACCUCUUCCCCAGCAGUCUUUGAGCUUGGUGCGGUCAAUAAAACUCAUCUAUUGGAAGCCGAUCCAGAUAUUGCUGGAACAGGUACUCACAGAAGACCGGCAUCAAACCAGUUGCCUGUGCAUUCACGGCGAGAUACCCAGGCCCAGCACCAGGCGGUUCCCUCUGCCUCUGUAAACGUUGCGAGUUUCAUCGCCGACCAGGGCCACCAUGACGGUAGCAUGACUAUGAAGUAUUCUUCUGUAGCACCACUCCCAGCAUUUUAUUCACACCCAGCCUCCCCAGCUCAGCCAAACUCAUUCACGCCCUACACCCCUACACCGAUAUCCCAGCCCGCAAGGCCAUCCACCCCUCCGUCUUUCACACCCUACACCCCUACAGCAACCUUCGAACCCUCAAGAUCAUCCACCCCGCCACCACCACGCACUCCCAGUCCUCAAAAACAAGAACCAUCUCCCCACACAAGUGAGGUCAACAUUCCCGACACUGCCACCACCAAAACUCGUGCCUCCCCGAGACCCCGAACGAAAUCCGAGAUUUUGUACGACCUCUUUCAGGCUGCUCUCCUCUCCAUCUCCGACUCCCAACUCCUUCUAAGCGUCGCCCAAAUGAUCAACUUUGCCAUUUCGGGCCUCUGCACCACCUCCCGAUACCAUGUCAACAUCGGCCUUCACCUAGUUCUCAUCUCCUGCUGGAGCUGUCUCAUAUCCUGCUGGAGCUGUCUCAUAUCCAUCUCCCUUCUCCGGAACUUCUGGAAGAACCCCGCCACAGCAUUUCUCCGCGUUGCGGCACUGGCUGUGCUGAUGGGGACUAAUGGAACCCUGAUUUUGAGUGACCGGUAUGGCGUCUUUGCUGACGCAGAGUACACGGCUGAAUAUCGACCUCCUCCCGUCCACGAGCGAAACAGCAGUCUCCUUUUCUUACCAGCGGCCUGCUUCAUUGAUAAGCAGCUUCACACCGAGACGUUCAACUACAUCAAAGACCAGCCAACAUUGUUGGCGGCUGUUGGUGCUGCAGAUACCAAGACCAUGAGGUCGGAGACGGUCCUUUGGGGCCUUAUUAUUCCAGUUACUAUCAUUUGUGUCAUUGUUUCAUACUUUCAGAUUCUUUCUCAGCCCCCUACCACCGAUAUCCCAAAAGCCGUCCAGAUCUUACAGGAUUAUAGUAUAUUGCCUUGA